AUGAGCCUUUACCUACAACCGCCCGUGUUGCGUGCUUCGGCCAUAUCAGUAAACUAUGAAAGCGACACAGGAGGGGAUGAAAGGCCAGGCCAAACCUCUUCAACUAAAAUUCAAGCUCAUUUCCAAAUCGCCUGUCGACCACCAAAAUCCACAUUCUGCCUAAGUCCCAAACUCGUCCUCCAAGUCCAACAAGUCCUCCCAAAUCACCGCCCAAUUGCCGUUUUAGAAUGUUGGCAACCACCUUUCCGCAAGGGCAAAUUAACUCGAGACUUUCAUCAUCGCCCCAAGCUCCGCUCGGGUGAUCUAUACGCGACUCACGCCGAAGGUUUCACUUCAAUCUCUAAUCCCGUCUACAAACACAAACAAUCCUCGUCGGAUACAACACAAAGCAGCAGCAGCAGCGAUACAAAGGGCCAUUAUCACUCAGACCACGACGUUGCAGAUCAGGAUAUCGUCGCGGCAUUGUGCAAUGCCCAGACUCCAUCUACUAUAUACUUUCGCGACACACGGUGCAGUUGGCAAGUCAGUGCGAGCACGGCUGGGCCCGCGCGUACGCCGUGUUAUAGAUUUACGAUGAAGAAUGACGAGGACCAGGAUUCUACCGAUCCUGGACGGAUGAUUUUGCAGUGGGAGAAGCGGAGUGGCAAGAAUGAGUCGGAUGGUGAGCACUUUGUGCUUGUUUUGAUUGAUCGCAGUUUGAAGAAAAAAAGUCGUAUCACUACUAUGCGACGGUCGGGAUUGGAGAUCCUUGUGCGGAAGGAUUCUAUUAUAGACAGUUUGGAGACAUGUAUGCAGCUCACUGGGCCGGCAGAGAAGCAGGAGUUGGAGACUUGGUUGUAUACACAUGUCCUUACGUUUGGGGUGUGGGUUGCUAAUCAGGAAAACUGGUUUGGGGCAUCUAAGUAA